GCUGGCGGACGCCGAGGAGCUGUGCGGGGUGGAGCGGUGGGCGCAGGAUGCCGUCCCGCCGGGCGCGGCCUUCGUCGCCUCCGUCGUACCGCGGCCCCGGCAACAACGACUCGCGGAGCAACAAGGCGCUGCCCAUCCUGCUGUGGUGGAGCGGGAGCCUCUUCCCCCACUUCCCCGGCGAGACGGAGCGGAUCGACUGCCCGCGCGGCUCCUGCCUCGUCACCCGGAGCCGGCGGGUGGCCCGGCACCGCCGCACCAAGGCCCUCAUCUUUUACGGCACCGACUUCAGGGCGUACGAGGCGCCGCUGCCCCGCCUGUCCCACCAGACCUGGGCGCUCUUCCACGAGGAGUCCCCCAUGAACAACUACUUCCUCUCGCACUCGCCCGGCAUCCAGCUCUUCAACUACACGGCUACCUUCCGCCGGGAGUCUGACUACCCCCUCACGCUGCAGUGGCUGCCCGGCGUGAGCUACCUGCGGCGCCCGGCAGUGCCCCUGGCCGAGAAGGACGCGUGGCGGCGGAGGGGCUAUGCCCCGGUGCUCUACAUGCAGUCCCACUGCGAUGUCCCUUCGGACAGGGACCGCUACGUGCGGGAGCUCAUGAAGUACAUCCAGGUUGACUCCUAUGGGAAAUGCCUGCAUAACCGUGAGUUUCCCAGUGAGCGACUGAGACACACGUCUACAGCCACUACAGAAGAUGCUGAAUUUAUGACUUUUAUUGCCAGGUACAAGUUUCAUCUGGCCUUGGAGAAUGCCAUAUGUGAUGACUACAUGACAGAGAAGCUGUGGCGUCCAAUGCACUUGGGUGCUGUCCCAGUAUACCGAGGCUCCCCAGCUGUGCGGGACUGGAUGCCAAACAACCUCUCCAUCAUUCUUAUAGAUGACUUUGACAGCCCCCAAGAGCUGGCAAAGUAUCUUGAUUUCCUGGACAAGAAUGGAGAGGAGUAUAUGAAGUAUCUAGAGUAUAAAAACCUUGGUGGAAUCAAAAACCAGUUCUUGCUAGAGAGCUUGGAGAGACGGGAGUGGGGUGUGAAUGACAUGACUCUGCCUAAUUACCUGAAUGGCUUCGAGUGUUUCGUCUGUGACAGGGAGAACACCCGGGUCAAAGAGGAGCAGGAACACAAAAAGUCUCGUGGGAAAAUUCCAGCUCCCAGACCUCGCAUAGCUCAGUACAAGCACAUGGGAUGUCCUGUGCCAACCCCUGGGUUUGGAAGUGUUGAAGACCUCUCUGGAGGAGACAGUUGGAAAGAGAUGUGGCUGCAGGAUUAUUGGCAAAGCCUUGAUCAGGGUGAGGCCCUCACUGCUAUGAUUCAUCGCAAUGAGUCGCAUCAGGGAAGAUUUUGGGACUAUAUGCAUGAGAUUUUUCUCAAGAGGACAAAGCAACACUGACCCAUCUUUGUAAGAGCUUAAUCUGAAAAUUGCAUUGAAAGUUGAGACUGCAAAUUCUUACCUCUCUCCAAAUGUUUGCCUUGAAAUAGAAGAAAAACUCUCACAGAGACUAUUUUUUCUGGUGCAUGAAGUGGGUAAGUCUCUGUUAUGAUUGGAUUCCAGCAGUGGAGAUCUUAGCAACUGCUUUGAUCUGAAUUUCAGCUCUGUGGCGUGAAGCCACUGCUAACUUGCAGGUGUCAACAUGUGGGGCAAAAGAGGAAUUUACUCUCCUUUUGCAUUUGGUAUAGUUUCCUUGUGGCUUACAUGACUUCAGAGGAACACCUCUUCAGAUUCUUGCUCAAAUGCCCGAAGUUAUUUCAGGGAUUUUUUUAAUCUCCAAAAUAUUAAUCAUUUUUUAUAAGUAUUUUAUCAGUCACGUAUUCUCCUCAUUAAGGUGUACUUUUAGCUGCUAUUAACAAAUAGCUUUUCCAGUGAAGGAAUAACAAAAGACAAAUGUCUGUGGAGAGCAAUUGUGCCUUAUGAAAUUGCAGCAAUAAAGUCUCUUCUCCCCAAGUAAGCAUGCCUCAAAUACUCCUACUUUACAGGAUAACUGAAUAGCUAUGGGCAGGUCACUUACUCUCUGCCUAGUUUCUCUUUUACUAAUUUACCAGGUGAUACGUACAAUGGGAUGAGAGACUAAAUUAUUUAAUUCACAACUUCUAACAAAGUAUUUCACACCAGAAAAUGUAUUACCUGGUAUUGUGCAGAACUAGAGUAAAAUUAGUAUGCUUUGGUUCUUUUAAGUUUCCAUCAGAUCUGAAAUCCCAGCUAUAGUCUUGACUUCUUGUUAUCUCCUUAAUGCUAGCAAUUCAGAGGCCUUUGAUUUGUUCUUUUUGAGUAUCUGCAGCUUUCUGCAAAGACAAAUACAUUUUAAUGAUGGUGCCUUUCCAGUGGUCUCUGCAGUUUGGAUACAAACCUUGCAGCCUUUCUAUGCUGAAGUGGGUGAUCAGAAUCAGGUGCACUGAAACAGUUUUGUAUCUUUACCCAAUCUUAACACUAUAUGAUCCUGGUCUGUGACCAGAGUUCCUAAAAGUAAGUGAUCACAUGUGGAUAGAUCUUCCUUGUUGUGUAGCCUGUAUCUCUUACAGAUAUAAAUAAAGUCCUCUGUUCCCUGCCAUGUUGGGUACCUUUCUGAAAUAAUUGAUCUUGCAUUGGAGGGAGACUAAUUCACCUAGUGUCACUGGUUUAAAAGCACAGGCAAAUACAGCCACACUGCUGUGAUGUCUCUAAUGGUAUAAUGGCAUCUUAUUUCUCCAUUUCUCCUCCCUCUUCAGAAGUAAAUACUGACUAAAUAGCCAGAGUUUAUCUAUGCCUAAGAUAGGAUGUUGGUAAUGAAAGUCUAGAGUCUGUGGGGUAAUUUCAUUUUGUAAGGCAGUUCAUGCAUUGCUAUGGGAAGCCUGAACCCUGUUAGUAAAAGUUAGGAACGGGAGUGAAUCUACAUUCUGUCCCUAAUUAAGUCACUAUCUAUUGCUUAGCUGUGGAUGGAUCACUUAAUCUCUUUUUUUUUUUCCCCUCAAAUUCCCAUUCAUUAUGUUAUAGAUAUGAUAUUAUAGGUAUAAUAUCAGUAUAGGCAAUGAUAUGCAUCUCAAUGUUUGCCUCUCAGGUGGUACAACAAUAUUGCAGUGUUAAAAUCAGGGCACCUUGACAGAGGAGACUUCAGACCCAUAACUGUCACUGGAUUCUUGUAAAUGUAGAAAAUGCAUACACUAUACACUGAUCUUUUUUUUUGGAGAAAACUGCUUUUUUUAUAUCUCUUCUGUAAUAAUAGUAACAAAUGGUUCUUCAGCUAAAAUGCAUUCAUCAGUUUACAUUCUUUUUUUCACUUACUCAGGAGACA